UUUGUAGUUUGUUUGAUUGGUCCUUUUGUGUUCAUGUCAUGCCGUUUGUUUUACCGUUUUUAAUUUUGUGUCGUGCGCAUUGUGCGUUUGUGGAAUUAUGUUUUUUGAAAAAUCAUGUCUUGAUGCUCCUAGAGUGUUCGAUUCAACGGGAAUAAUGUUCGUUGCAAUAGGAAUACUGAAUGUUCGUUGCAAUAGGAAUACUGAUUGUUCGUUGCAAUAGGAAUACUGAAUGUUCGUUGCAAUAGGAAUACUGAAUGUUCGUUGCAAUAGGAAUACUGAAUGUUUGUUGCAAUAGAAAUAGUAAAUGUUCGUUGCAAUAGGAAUACUGCAUGUUCGUUGCAAUAGGAAUACUGAAUGUUUGUUGCAAUAGGAAUACUGAAUGUUCGUUGCAAUAGGAAUACUGAAUGUUUGUUGCAAUAGGAAUACUGAAUGUUUGUUGCAAUAGGAAUACUGAAUGUUCGUUGCAAUAGGAAUACUGAAUGUUCGUUGCAAUAGGAAUACUGAAUGUUCGUUGCAAUAGGAAUACUGAAUGUUUGUUGCACUCGGAAUACUGAAUGUUUGUUGCACUCAGAAUACUGAAUGUUCGUUGCAAUAGGAAUACUGAAUAUGUCGAACUUGCUGUUGUGAUUUACAAAAAAAACAAAAUUUUAAUUAUUAUACAUUUUUAUUUUCAUAUGUAAAACUAUAAUAUAUAUCUUUUUAAAAUAAAAUAAUUUAAAUUCUAAAUGUUUUAUAUAUAACAUGUUAUUUCUCUUCACUAUUCAUAUUUAUCGUGUGUUACAAUACCGACAUAACCAUAGUGGAUUUUCUUUAUGUUACAAAAUUCUUUAACCGUUCUUGUUUUAAGUUUCCUAAUAUCGCAAUAGUAAAAUUAUUAUGAGCAAUGGACUUGCUUGGCUCCAUUUUGGGGAAAAUGGACGCUCCACCUAGUGUUCCAGUUGACGAAGAAACAAAAGAAAAGGUAAAAGAGGCGAAGAAAAGGGCUGCGCGAUUUAAAGAAGAUGAGAAGAAACGAAAAGCACAGUUCCGAGUCCAGAUUGAGACGAGGAUAAAUAAAUUUCUGCAAGGACCUGCAGAGGAGAAGAAGUUGAUCUUUGAAACCAUGGAUCAAAUCCAUCGAAGUAUCGCACAUGAUGUUGCUGAAACUGCUGGUUUAUCGUCAUUUGCAUUUGGUGAGGAAGAUACAGAUCGUUAUUUGAUUGUUUGGAAAAAAGAAUUCACGCCCAGUGAGGAGGAACUGGAGGCUAUGAGAAACGGUGAAGAAUACGAUCCAGAGGCUGCUGCACGUGAAGCCAAAGCAAAGUUGGAGGCUGAUAUUGAAGAUUCGUACGUCAACAAACCUUCUCGUAAGCGUCAUUCAAAAACAAGCAACAUGGAACAAGAGAAAUACUUCGAAAAGUACGCCAAAAUAGUAGGAGAUAGCAGUGGUUUAGAAGCAGCUAAAUUGACAAAAUCUAAUAAAUCAUACGGCAUGGUUCCUAGCAAGAAUAAACAAGACAAACGGUCUAUCGAGGAGACGAUGAAAGAAAUACGAGAAAGAAAGAAAAACAACCUGCUGAUGGAGAGUAAACCACCCGAAAAAACUACCGAAUAAGUUCUCAUGUAUGAUCAGACAGUGGACAUGUCUGCAUGAUUUAUACUCCUGUUCAACAAGUUGGAUGAAUUGAAGUGUCUCGAUGCGAUUUGAACGCCCUCAUACUAAUAAUGAAUUGAACCAAUGGUCUCGAUUGUUGAAUAACAUGGUACCAAGAAAACUAAAUAGUGUACCUGUGUAAGCAGAACACGAAGAGAUAAUAACUGUAUUGGUGAUUCUGUUCAUCAAAAUGUAGUUAUGUGUUUUCUUAUAUUUUAACGGAAAAAAAUAUUUAAGUCAA